AUGGCUUCUGCAGGCGGUCGAAGAUGGCAGCAGUUCGUGCAAGAGCUGGUGAUGAUCGCUGGCACGUCUGCUUCCGCAUACUUUUUGAUCCGAUACCUUCUCUCGCGCCUAGACUUUGACCCCGAGAGCCAAAAGAAAGAGGAACAACGACGGAAAUCGGCGGCCAUUCUGCGCAGACUGGACGGAGGCGAUGACUCCGACAGCGAGAAUCCCCGACGGGGAGGCUCCCGACGGGGGCGCCGGCAGAAUAAAGGUGAGCUGGUUCUGAACCAGUAUGAACAGGCGGUCGCGAUGGAUGUGGUCACUCCGGAAGACAUCGCGGUCUCCUUUGAGGACAUUGGGGGGUUGGACGAGAUUAUCGAGGAGCUGAAGGAGUCUGUCAUCUAUCCGCUCACUAUGCCACACCUAUAUUCGUCGUCCUCGUCACUGCUCAACGCACCGUCCGGUGUGCUGCUGUAUGGGCCUCCCGGUUGCGGGAAGACGAUGCUGGCCAAAGCGCUUGCCCACGAGAGCGGUGCCUGCUUCAUCAACUUACACAUCUCGACCCUGACGGAGAAAUGGUAUGGUGAUUCGAACAAGCUGGUCAACGCGGUGUUCUCGCUGGCACGCAAGCUGCAGCCGUCAAUUGUAUUCAUCGACGAGAUCGACGCAGUGCUUGGUACCCGCCGCAGCGGCGAGCACGAGGCCAGCGGAAUGGUCAAAGCGGAGUUUAUGACGCACUGGGACGGUCUGACAUCAGCAAAUUCGCUAGGCGAACCCCAGCGUAUUGUGGUUCUCGGCGCCACGAACCGCAUCCAGGACAUUGACGAAGCCAUACUCCGCCGCAUGCCGAAGAAGUUCCCCGUCACCCUCCCGCCCGCGGCCCAGCGGCUGCGCAUUCUCAGCCUGAUCCUCAAAGACACCAAGGUGGACCGCGACCAGUUCGACGUCGACUUCCUCGUCAAGGCUAUGGCUGGCAUGUCCGGCAGCGACAUCAAGGAAGCCUGCCGCGACGCGGCGAUGAUCCCGGUCCGCGAACUGAUCCGCAAGAAGAAAGCCGACGGUCAGCAGAUGACGUCGGUUGACCCCAAGGACGUCCGUGGCCUUCGAACAGAUGAUUUCUUUACCCGCGCGGGUGGACCGAAAAUCAUCGCUCCUAUGGCGGCGACGACGACGACGACGACGGCUACGACAACAACAACCACCCCGGCCUCAACGCAACCGAGUAAGCCCAGCUCCGAGAAGGAAUGGCAUACAGAGUCAGAAGGCAACUCUGACGACGCAGAGCCACGGCCCUCUGCUUCCUUCGUCGAGCCCCCCGAGUAA